CGUCCCCNUAUUUUCACCAACAGAAAUCCUCGAAAUUUGGAAAAGCUUAGAAUAGGAUAUAAACCUGAUGGGUAUCACGUAGAAGCGCCUGGUAAACGUUACUGGCAUAAAUUGAAACUGGAGUCCUCGUCAAAAUAUGUGACAGCAUCAGUCUACCAUUUUGAAAAUGAAGAAGUUAUUCAAGCCAGCACUUCCGAAUGGGCCCUUAAGAAACAGCUGUACAAAACAGCAGAUUCUGCAGCAUACAUCAAUCUCGGAAGGGUUUUAGCUCAAAGAUGUAUCGAAAGUGGAUUGACGGAACUUAGUUGUUUCAUAGAGCCUCCCACUCCAGAUGGAAAAGUUGCUCUUUUCCUCAAAGCUCUCGAAGAGGGUGGCAUAUGUUUGAAGGAGCCCCCGCAAUACAAGCCUAGCAGGCCUUGGGAUUUGGAGAGGCCGGAAAAGCCUUGGGAAGUGAUUGAGUAAUUUAUAAUUGAAUAAAACAUUAAGUAAUUGGU